AUGAACUUUAGUCUAUCAGAAAGAAAUCCAGAUGCCACCAUAUAUGUAGGUGGAAUAGAUUAAAAAGUAACCCAAGAAGUACUUUGGGAAUUAUUUUCUUAAUGUGGAAUAGUAGUAAACGUUCAUUUACCAAAAGACAAGAUAACAGGAGAACAUCAAGGAUAUGGUUUUGUGGAAUUCAAGAGCGAAGAAGAUGCAGAUUAUUCAAUAAAAAUAAUGCAUUUAGUGAAAUUAUACGGUAAACCAAUAAAGGUAAAUAAGGCUUCUUAAGACAAAAGAACAUAAGAAGUAGGAGCAAACAUAUUUAUUGGAAAUUUAGAUUAAUCUAUAACUGAAUAAUAAUUACAUGAUACAUUUUCUUAAUUUGGGUUGAUUAUUUCAAGAAGAAUAGUCAGAGAUCCUGAUAAUGAUGAAUCCAAAGGAUAUGCAUUUGUCUCUUAUGAUAAUUUCGAAGCUGCGGAUGCUGCCAUAAAUACAAUGAAUGGAUAAUUUUUCGGAAGUAAAAAAAUAAAUGUAUAAUAUGCUUUCAAGAAAGAUUCUAAAGGAGAAAGACAUGGAUCUGCUGCUGAAAGACUACUUGCAGCUAAUAAACCUUAAUAAUAAAAUACUGUUGUUGGCCAUGCUGUACCUGUUCCUCUUGUAUAAAAGCCUAUUGUUAACAGGAUUCCUGAUAGUCUUAUGAUUAAUAAUUAAUUACCUGUACCUAAUUAAAUGCCUCCACCAGCUUUGUAUAUUCCUGGUUUAGCAACAAAUAUGCCUAAUUUACCUAUAAUGCCACCACCUAUACCCUAAAGAUUAAUGUGA